UUGCUGGAUCUUAUCAUUCUACGUUCUGUGUGUGUACUGUAACUUAUUUAUUCAUUCACAAGACUAGAGACAUUAUCGCUCAAAGAAGAAAAGCCAUUAGCAUAAAGAAUUGUCUCACAAUGACUACAAGCUUUUAGGAGGCCUCGUUGUGAAAAGGGUUUUCUUGGAAAAAUGGCAGGAAGUAUUCAGCUUCAAGACUUCCCUCCUGGUCCUCUAGAUGAGUAUCGGAAAAAAGCCUCGUUUGACUGGAAGAAACUAAAAAUUCUUAUUGAGGAUGAAGUCAUUUUGAAAACUAAGUUGGAGGUGUGGAAACGGAUGGAAGAAGACCCACUCUUCCACCAUUGGACUGAGACUCCGCCAUUAGAGGAACAAAGGAAGAUUGAAUCUUUGCGGAUGUUGAGAAUCAAACAGUGGAAUGUUUUGACGCUGGAGGAUGUGGUGGAAGAUAUAAGGAAGUUUGUCGCAGUGACAACAGUGCUGUUCAGCUAUUCCCCCUCGUUGGCCCUUAAGGUGCAACUGACAUUCAACAUGUUCCAAAACUCGAUGCUGGGGAUGGGCUCAGAGCGGCAUUUCAAGUUCUUUGAGGCAUGCGAGAAGAGUGAGCCGGAGGUUACCGGAUGUUUUGCUCUGACGGAGUUCUCCCAUGGGACAGACACCAAGUCAAUGCGGACAGAAGCUCGUUAUGAUCCUAAGACACAAACGUUCGUUCUAAACACUCCAGACUUUGAGGCAGCCAAGUGUUGGGUAGGCAGUCUUGGAAAAACUGCAACUUAUGCAAUUGUUUAUGCCCGGCUGAUCACUCCUGAUGGAAAUGAUCACGGGCUGCACGCGUUUGUUACUCCGAUCAGAAACCCACGCACUCUGAGGCCCUACCCAGGCGUGCUGGCGGGGGAUAUGGGGGAGAAGGCGGGGCUCAACGGGGUUGACAACGGGUUCGUGAUGUUCAACCAUUACCACAUUCCACAUGAGAGUUUGUUGAACCGAGGGGGUGACGUGACAGCAGACGGAAAAUAUGUCAGCCCGUAUAAGGACUCCAACAAAAGAUUCGGUGCCGCUCUCGGAAUGCUGUCCCAAGGAAGGGUUAGUAUUGUGUGCAUUUGUGUGGCAUACCUCAGCAAAGCCGUGCCCAUUGCCAUACGAUACUCGGCUGUCCGUAAACAGUUUGGAGCAAAGAAUCAGGAACUUCCAAUCAUAGAAUAUCAGUUGCAGCAAUGGAGGUUGCUACCAUACUUGGCCGCUACUUUUGCUAUCAAGAAUUUCAGCGACCAACUAUGUCGCAAGUUUGGAGAGUUUCAACUUCAGAUAAUGACUGGGCAAAACCAAGAAGAGGCAGCUGGGCUGGGGACAGAGUUCCACGUCAUCUCCAGUGCUGCCAAACCUCUGGCCGGCUGGAUUGCUCGAGACGCCAUCCAGGAGUGCAGAGAGGCCUGUGGUGGUCAUGGUUAUCUCAAAUGUGCAGGACUUAGUGACAUCAGGAACGACCACGAUGCCAACUGUACCUACGAAGGAGACAACAAUGUGUUGGUACAGCAGACGAGCAACUGGCUGGUCACUCAGUGGUCACAGAAGAACCUGUCUGUGUACGACACACCCAUGGGGUCUGUGGCAUUCAUGCGUAACGCCCCGGUCAUCCUCCAGUCUCGGUGGACGGCUAACAGCUUCGAGGAGGUGUGCGAUUUACAGGUGUUGCUGAAAGCGUACCAAUGGCUGAUAUGUUACCUGACCCAGAGUACCUUUGAGCGACUGAAGACACAAAAGGCACAAGGCAAGGACGCCUUUACUGCCAAGAACGACUCUCAGGUGUUCUUUGCUAGAACGCUCAGCAUCGCUUAUGUAGAGCACUACAUAUUGUGGAAGUUCUCCGAGCGGGUCGACAGCCAAGCGGAAGACCCGAGCAUUCAACAAGUGUUGAAAAAGUUGGCAGCACUGUACGGUGUGUGGAGUUUGGAGAGACAUUUGGCAACACUGUACCAAGGAGGGUACGCGGUAGGACCGCAGCCAGUUGUGUUGCUGCGGGAAGCAAUUCUGCAGCUCUGCAGCCAGUUGAAGCCAGAAGCAGUUGCGCUGGCUGAUGUCAUUGCACCACCAGACUUCAUCCUCAACUCUGUUCUCGGCCGGUCUGACGGAAAUGUGUACAAGAAUCUUCAGUCAUCAUUGUUCCAAAACAAGAACACUUUUGAACGGCCGUCUUGGUGGACAGAGAUCACAAAGUUUACUUCACGAGCUAAACUUUAGUACAAAAGUAUACUUGCAGCUAUUCUCUUCUCGUAAAAUGUUCUUCCAUUGUUAUGUCUAUUACUAGAAAGAAAAAGUUUUACACUUGAGUUUUUACAAAUAUAUUUAGAGAUAUUCAAAGAGGUUAAAGUUAACAAAUACAGAAGUUGUUUGUUUACUUUUUUAGUGAAAGGUAAAACCAACUACAUUCUAUUUUAGUAAAUGCCUCAGGUUCAUACGAUAGAAAGAAAUAAUAUUAGAACAAAUAUUGCUGUUAGUUAUAGUUUUUAAUCAACAAUUAGUUUUAGUAUUUACGAGCUUUAUUUUAGGUUAGGUAGGAGCUAUUAUUUCAAGAGUAAGUGUAGAUUUUGGUAGGCAUGAGUAGUUGGUGGGGAUAAACAUAUGUUGAAUGUAUAAACUAUCAAAAUAUCUUAUUUGGGGUGAUCCAAAUUCAGUUUUCCGUUUAAAAUUUAAGAAAGAACUCAUACUACUAUACAUUUUCUUAAAUAUUAUUUGAUUAACAUUAUCUUUGACAUUUUUAAUUAAUAGUACUAAAAGAAACGCCAGAAAAUGGCCACCACUGGACCUCCCACUGCAGUUAAUUCUAUCGAGGAAGUUUUUUAAUGAUUUUCAGCCUUCAGGUUUUCUUUUUUCUUUAACUUGGCAAAUGUUUGCUUUCAGUUGUUCCAACAAUGAUCUCACAAAAUAACAUGAAGAUUUUCAUCGUUCCAUAUUUGUAAAUUCUGUUUAUAAACAUAACCAGAGAUAAUGAAACUUGCUUCUUCAGGGUAGAAGAUAUUCUUUGACAAAUCAAUCAAUCAACCGUCUUUAUUUGUCUUUGUACAUAAAUACAAAAAAUUGUGUUAUAUGUACAUAAUAUGACAAUGCCUAUAUAUACACACACACCUAAUAUACUGUACCAUCUACAUAGUUUUAAGGAUCACCAAUCCCAGACAAUCCUUGCUCCUAAUGCAAACUCACUAGUAGAGAAGACCUGAAGAGAGAAUAACUUCCUUCUUCUACAAAUCAGUUUCAACUUCCUGUUGUUUCAACGCCCAUUCUGGAUAAAUGCUUCACAGUCAGUGAUCACCGGUUUUCAGUUUUUGGGCUGUAACUGUUUGUAAGAAUGUAAUUGCAAAUCCUUAUGCAAAAUGUGCCUAAAGUUAACCGUAGAGAAAAAACCUAAUGUCUGAGAACAAAGACACUGAUCACCGUGGGCUCUUUGUUCACAAUAACACUCACAUAUACUUGGUAAUACACUCAAUAACACUCGGUAAUACACUUGGAUAACCGAAUUCACAAUGAAAAACAGACCUUAUUUUAUCUUAAAUGGUUCCAGUUUCGGGAAAUUUCUUUUCAACAUCGUGAAAUUACACUCAUUAAAAUGGUCAGAUUGACAUUCAAAGAAUUCGUAAGAAAUUAUAUUUCUGCCGAGAAGUUGAACAGCUUUAACACAUUAAAUAAAACAUUCCAUUUCGUUAAUCUGCUAUGCACUGACAUUUUGAUGUAUUGCAAACAUGAAACAAAGAGCAGCUGUUCAAUCGUCAGUGUUGCCAAAAUAGGAAACUGAAAUUGAAUCACCCUUUACCAGAAAAAAGCUCAAAAUAUUAACAUUUACUAUAUGAAACAUGAAACAACUGUUAACAAAUAAACAAUUGAGAUCAACAAUGAAACAAUUAUGUGCAACAAUUGAAAACUGAUGUUAUAUGAACAAAGAAUACAUUUAGGAUCUGUGUAAAAAAAAUGUUAUGGUGUACCAAUAAUUUUUGGAAUAUAAUUAAUUAAUACAUUUUCUCUACUUGAAGUUAUAUAAUGGAAUAUUGCAUGCCCUAGUUAUAUGUUUAGCUAAACAGUAUUUGGUUGGUUUUCAUGGCUGCCUUUUAGUUUUAAGUGAAGAAGUAAAACUGUAAAAACAUAUUUACAGAUAGCUUAACAACACAUUUUUCCAAGGAACUUUAAACUUAUCUUAAUGUUUUAUUCAUAAAAUUGUUCAUAUUAUUAACAUGAAAAUGCAAUAAAAUUAAUUGGGACUUGCAUUUUAUUCAAAUGAUUGUAUUAUGUUAAAGUACCAAUAUUUCAGUUCAAAGAACAUAAUCUUGUUCACAAUUUUGCAAUUAAAAUAUGUUUUAAAACUGUAUAAAAACUAGUGAUGUGUCAAAGUUAAAAUUCAAAUCCACGGAAUCUUAAGGAAAAUAUAUAAUUUAUACGUAAGCACUUCUUUAAAUUUUUACAUGGCUUAUUGGGAUUUUAGUUUAUUUCUCAUCAAAGGUUUCAUUUUGGCAAGGUGAUUGAUAAUUUUAUAAACUGGUAACCAUCACUGUUGAGAUUUUACUAAAAUAGCAAGUGAAAAAAUUAUCAUGAGAAUUUUUUUUUUCUGUACAUUUAAGAGGAAGAAUUGAUUGUAAGAAAUUCUUAGAAAAAUCAAAACUCUUAGAUUUGACCAUCACUAGUUAAAGCCCCUUCUCCCUUAGACAUAUUUUGAUUACUGGAUAUUUUACAUGCCGUUUAUUUCCAAUGGAAAGUUUACAUCAAGUCCUUUGACUAUUUUAGAUGUUGCUCAAUUUGUUCAUUUAUGUACCUUAAAAGCUUCAUAAAGUGGCUAUUUUCUCAUUAUUUUUGCUCAAAGAAAUGAGUUUUGAUCUCUACUUAAUACGUAAAACUUUGUUCAAAUACACAAAUCAAAGCAAAGAACAUUUUGUCAUAAAAUAACCCUCAGGUAACUUAGUUAGACAAAACAUUUAUUUUGUCAUGCAUUAUUAAGAAAAUAAAUGUAAAAAUAAGUGUAUGUAAUAUGGUGUCUCUAUAUUAUAAAACAUUAUUUUAUUAGUCAUGUCUAGAUUAAUUAGAAAUCACUUUAAGAAUAAAUUAUGUUUUUUCAAGCUUUUUAGAACACCCCUGCAGAAUAAAAUUUUAGUUGAUUCAGUUCUUACAAAAAAUGAAAUAGUGCUAACAAAUUAAGAAUAGAUUGUUGUUUGCAAAAGUUUUAUUUCUCUUUUCAAGUUUUCUUGUUUAAACCUUUAGAUUGUUUUUCCCUUUUUACUGUUGGUAUCAAGUUAAUGUUGAAGGUAUAUAUGUUAAAAGGGCGCUGCCUGAAUAAAUAACAAGAACUGGUUAAAGAAGUAAUUUGUGGUUCAUGAGCAAAAAAGUUAAUGUAUAUGCAUGAAACUAUUGGGCAGUAUUUAGUUGGAAUAUUAAUUCAAAUAAAUGGCUGUAAAGUUGUAUUUUAUAGUAAGAUUUAUCCACAAAUGUAUGUACUGUAGAAGACUUUGUACCUUGCAGUGUUAUUCAACUCAUAAUCAAAAGUUAUUCUCUAUAGGUGGCUGAAAUUAUGCUUUGGGUUUAGAACAAUGUGUGUCAUCUAGUUAAGUAAAUUAUAAGUUGUGUUUUUAUAUAUUUUAUUUCCUGUUAGUGGUUAAUUGAGAAUAAAUCUGAAUACAGUGCCUUCA